AUGCCUUUUUUACCUACUAGCACAUCUAUGCGUGGCCAGUCGGAGCCGUCUUGGCCGCCGAGUCCCAGCCGUCUUCCUCCGUCGUUGGAAGAUGAUACCAACUCAACAGACGAUGAUGAGCUUGACGCUCAGUGGUCUAAUGAGAAUCCCAUGAUGUAUUUCCUUACACCACCAACUCCAAAGGAAGAAGAUCUCGAAUUUGAUUUUGAGUUUGACGCCGGGAUUGAGGACUCAACUAAACCUCGGGAGAUCAUCCGUACCGUCUCUCCUUCUACUCUCGAUGGGCUAAGGAAGUACAAGCCUAGAGACAAGAUGGCAGACUGCGCAGUCUUGGAUGACAAUGAAGAUGACGACGAUGAUGACGAGGAUUAUAUCCGCUUCCAUCCUCAUGGCCAUACAUCUCUACCAUUUGGGUUUGAAAAAUUCUUCGAUCAGACAAGGCCGUCUUCCACCGUAACAUCUCAGACCACAGAGUCUCUAUUAUCACCCGCCGCAUUUCACGUCGGUUCACCCAAACGUACCGUAAAACGGUUCGCACCCCCACGGCGUCCUCUUAGAGGAAGGGCGCCUCGCCAAUCGCUUCAACGACGACAUUCAUGGCGUGAGCCAAGUCCCGAUGUUUAUUCUAUAGAAGAGGAACCAGAGAAGGAAACGAUGAGCGAGAUGGGCUUAAGCGUUGAAGACCUGACUGACGAUCAGGAGAAGACGCGACCAAUAGAUAUACCGGCUGCAAAGCCACGGAAGAAGGUUCGGUUCGUGUUACCGGUUAAGGAUUAA